CGGGUGUGUGUGUGUGUGUGUGACUGCCGCAAGCUGGCGACGCUACAGAGUGGGAGCGGCUGUGCCGUCGUCGUUUCUUCUUCCGAGGAGGCCUACCAGGCGAGGUGCCGGAGCGCUUUCCACCCAGGAUCUCGCCCCGCCAGCGCGCCCAGCAGCGUGCGGCCGGCCUCGGCGCCCUCGCCGAUGGACCUGCUGAAGGCCCAGCUGGCCUUGCGUGCGCAGCGGCCCCAGGCGCCCGCGAAGCCCGCGGCCGACGCCGCCGAGGCCGCCCUGGGCGGCGCCGUGGCCGCUGCGGCCCCGAGCGCCGACGCCCCGGCGACGCCGCCUGCGAGCUCCCCGAAGCCGCAGGCCCCGCUGCCGCGGCCGGUGACGGCCGGCAAGCGCUCCGGGGACCUCGCCAGCGGCGGCUCCUUCCUACCCAGCGACGCCUGCCACCUCGUGGGCGCGGCCUGCUUCCUGGAGCUCGAGCAGCCGCCGAGCGCGCCCGCGGCGGCGGCGCUCCAGCCCGCCACCGCCGAGCCGUCCUCGCGGGCGGCGAGGCCCGGCACCGCCGAGCAGCUGCGGCCG